AUGAGCACGACAGAACUUGCACAGGUCUGCGCGAAGUGCAACAACACUGAAGGCGAGCUCAAGAAGUGUACGAAAUGCAAGUCGGUGCUCUACUGUAACCGCGAAUGCCAGAGAGCGCACUGGAAGAAGCACAAGCGGCAAUGCAGCCGACUAGCUGGCGAGGGAGCGCCACCGCCAGCACAAACUGGCAGCGGGAGCAAUAGCAGCAGUGCUGCCAAUCCAUUCACACGCCUCUCCGAGAACACCUUCCUCCAUGACGGAUCGGAAGAAGAUACGUUCCGAAUUCUCGUUGAUGUACUUCGCAUGCGACAGGAGGACACCUACACAUUCGAAGGUGAGACUAUGCCCGGCACCAUUUACAACGGCGAGUCUUCUUCGGAAGUGGCAUUUCGAAAUAUGUUGUGGCGCGCCAAGCAAGUCCAAGGUCUCUUACCCCUAUGGUGGAGCUCGGAGAAGGAGGAAGAGUGUAUUCGGAAGAAUAAGGAGGCCCUUCAGAGUGCGCAGGAGAAGUCAGAUAUUCAAGAAUUCUGGAGAGAUAGCCUGAUGCCCAUGAAAUUGCGCAUGGUCGGCGAGACCAUCUAUGGCAACAGACCAGGUUCCAUUGGCGACGGCGGCCAGUCUAUGCGGCACAUGCAGCAAUUCAUGGGGCCCGGUGGCUUGGGUAUGCGGAGUAUUCAUUUGGAUUUUGGUGCGUUGAAGGGCGGUCUCGUCGUUGAGAUGUGA